UCUGUCAGCAGAGAGCUGGCUACCAGAGAGAAAGGAAGCAGGGGAGAAAGAGAAAAGAUAACGGCAGCGGAACAAGAAGUCCCCACAGCAGGACUAAUACACGCUUUAAAAAGCCACACUCGGCUGAGCUGGGAAAAUGGUUAAACUGGGGAACAAUUUCAGCGAGAAAAAUAACGGCAAGGUGGUUUCCGAAGACGGAUUUGACACCAUCCCGCUCAUAACGCCUUUAGAUGCCAGUCAGCUGCAGUUCCCUCCACCAGACAAGGUGGUGGUGAAGACAAAGGCUGAUUAUGAUGGAGACAGCAAGAAGGGAAAGCUGCGAUCUCCUAAAAUUGCAGAGUUCUCCAUAAGUAUCAUCGAAGGUGUUUCUGAGCGACUCAAAGUGACUUUACUGGUGAUCUGCGCCCUGGCCUUCCUGGUUUGUCUGGUUUUCCUGGUCGUGUACAAAGUCUACCAGUAUGAGCACCCGUGCUCUGACAACUUUGUUUACACGCAGGGUCGUUGCAUGCCGACUGGGGUGUAUGGUAGUUACCCCCCUCAGGGCCCUGACAGCCGCGGGCGCCUCUUUACCCUCAUCAACCAUUACAACAUAGCCAAGCAGACCAUCACUAGGUCAGUAUCGCCAUGGAUGACCAUCAUGUCUGAGGAGAAGGUCACCCAGCAGGAGACGGAGACAGCCCAGAAGCUGGCUUAAUCAACUUGAGAUCCAAAGGUGUUCUCACCUGCUGCAGAAGAAUAAUGUGGUUGUGCCAUUCAAGCAAACCUCAGAGUCCCUGAGGCUUAGGCUUUACUUUGAGGUCAAUUAAACAACUCCUACCCGAGGUGCUACGCUGCCUUGUUGAUGUAGUUUGGUCACCUAACGUGCGCUGUAGCAGGAAAUUCCUCAAAAUGUUCCAUCAAAGCGAGGGUCACGGUGGACAGAUUUGGUGUUUGUUUGAAUUGCACAUUGUGUUGUUAUUUAUUUACACUUCAAAACAGAAUGGCAAACAUGUAAAAGAAGCCACAGAAACACACACUGUAUGUACACGUAUGUAAGAGAACUCAUUUUCAUACGCUGUUAUAUGACUGUGAACCAUCAUGUCUGCGUUGCCUGCACAUGCACGCACGACUCUAAUAGCAGUUUGCUUUGAGUGCGUUUCAGUACAUUAAUGACUGAUGGUGCAUGUAAGACUCACUGACAUGCACAAGGUGAAUAUUUUCUUAUGACACGACAUAAAGCUUGCAGCAUAUUUACCAUUGAGGUCAUCUGCGUCAAAAAUAUUUUGCUGUUACUGUGAAUAACUGAGGCUCUACUUGGACAACACAUUUGAACCAGCGGGGAAAAAAAAAUUAAAAAGUACAAUUGAUGUGUUGUUUAGACUGAGCACAUACAGCUCUCUGCACAUUGUGCUGCUGUUGUUUUUAGUAUUUUGUGCAUCUUUCUUCCACCCACCAGCUUUCAUGAUUACGUCCAUUAUCAGUUUGAACUCUUUGUGAACAUCACAUUUUACAUUAUAGUCUACAUCAAGCUUAAGUAAUGAUUAGUAUUCAUAUCUUUUUAUGCUAUAUUGAAUGUUUUUUGCAUUGCUAGUGAAGACGCUGUAUUGUGCAAAGCUUUACAUUGAUUGUCACCAUUGACGGCCACUGAUACUAGACUUAGGUUGAUGUAGUGGAACAAUCUGACAGUAGUUGCUUGUCCUGUUGCUUUGUUCCCCUGUAUUUGUCAUUUAAAUUUAAAUGACCACAAAUGAUGCAUCUUUUUUCAAACAAUGUAAUGAUUUCCAUUGAAGUGCAUUUGCUAUAUGAAAUGUUAAAUGAAAAACUGAAAUAAAGUGCCCACAUUUCACAUC